GCCAAAACAGAGUCAUAAGGUUGUGUGACUUCCCCCUUUCCCUUACCGCAGUUACCGGUUCACAGAAGUAAUUCUCUUCUCGUCUUCUCUAAAACCCUACCUACAGACUAUGGCUUCUGAGCCCUCAAACCCUCCAAAUGAAGGCGAUGUCGGCAAGAAACUGUCGAAGAAAGAGGCUGCGAAGCUGGAGCGCCAGCGCCGCCGCCAGGAGGCAGCCGCUGCGUCGGCUGCGGUAUCCGCCGUCUCCAUCGAUGACUCCCCCGACCCCCUUGCUGCUAACUACGGCGACAUUCCGCUCGACGAUCUCAAGUCCAAGGCAGUCUCCGGCCGCAAGUGGUCGGAUAUUGGCGCGCUGACCGCCGAGCUGAAGGACAAGGAGGUCCUCAUCCGCGGCAGGGCGCAGACUAUCCGGGCCGUCGGGAAGAAGAUAGCGUUUAUUGUGGUGAGAAAGCGCGGAUUCACCGUGCAAUGCGUGUUGACUGUCGCACCUGAUCUCGUCAGUGGGCAGAUGGUCAAAUAUGCCACCAGCUUGAGCAAAGAGUCCAUUGUUGAUGUCGAAGGAGUAGUCUCUGUUCCCAAUGUUCAAAUCAAGGGCGCUACUCAGCAGGUGGAAGUCCAAAUACGGAAACUUUAUUGCGUCAGCAAGGCUGCACCAACACUUCCUAUUAGUAUUGAAGAUGCAUCAAGAAGUGAAGCUGAAAUAGAAAAAGCCUUGCAGGAGGGAGAGCAGCUUGUUCGUGUAAAUCAGGACACUCGCUUGAACCACAGAGUUCUUGAUAUCCGUACUGCUGCUAACCAAGGCAUAUUUCGUGUUCAAUCCCAAGUUGCAAAUGCAUUCAGGCAGUUUUUGCUGUCAGAAAGUUUUUUCGAAAUCCACACUCCAAAGUUGAUUGCAGGCUCUAGUGAAGGCGGUUCGGCUGUUUUUAGAUUGGAGUACAAGGGUCAACCUGCUUGUUUGGCGCAGUCACCUCAGCUACACAAACAAAUGGCUAUUUGUGGUGAUUUUAACCGUGUAUUUGAAAUUGGGCCUGUUUUUAGAGCUGAAGAUUCUUUUACACACAGACAUCUAUGUGAGUUUACUGGGCUUGAUGUUGAAAUGGAGAUCAAUGAACACUACUCUGAGGUGAUGGAUGUUGUUGACCGCCUAUUUGUAGCUAUGUUUGAUAGUUUGAAUGAAAAUUGCCAGAAGGAACUUGAAGCGAUUGGGAGGCAGUAUCCCUUUGAACCUUUAAAGUAUUUGCGAAAGACUUUGCGGCUUACAUUUGAAGAAGGGAUUCAAAUGCUUAAGGAAGCUGGCAUUGAUGUUGAUCCACUUGGAGACCUAAAUACUGAAUCAGAGAGAAAGCUGGGGCAGCUUGUUUUGGAGAAGUAUGGAACAGAAUUCUAUAUACUUCAUCGUUAUCCCUUGGCUGUUCGGCCAUUCUAUACCAUGCCUUGUUACGAUAAUUCUGCUUACAGUAAUUCUUUUGAUGUCUUUAUUCGAGGGGAAGAAAUUAUUUCAGGAGCUCAACGUGUCCAUGUACCUGAAUUAUUGACUAAGCGUGCAGAGGAAUGUGGAAUUGAUGUUAAAACAAUAUCAACAUAUAUUGAUUCAUUCAGGUACGGUGCACCUCCACAUGGUGGAUUUGGAGUGGGAUUGGAGCGUGUGGUGAUGCUUUUCUGCGCACUUAACAACAUCCGUAAAACAUCACUCUUCCCACGAGAUCCGCAAAGGAUCGCUCCAUGAUUGCCUUGCCUUGCCGCUGGCUGACAGACUCGCAAAAUCAAAAUCAGCUUUGCCAGUUUUCCCAAUUUCAUUUUUGAGUUGAAUAUUUGUUUUGAAUUCCCUCCCCUCCCAUAUAAAAUAUACAUCUCUCCCUCCUUGUAUGGGUUUUUAACCAAAAAUGUGUACAACUUAACUUAAAUGCUUAUGCCAUUAUGAACAUGGAACAUGAUUUAUGAAUCUAUUUGGCAA